AUGACAUCACGGCACGGCACACACACCUGUGUACCGGAUAAUCGUCGACUACCAGUUGUGACAUCACAGCACGGCACACACACCUGUGUACCGGAUAAUCGUCGACAACCACCUGUGACAUCACGGCACGGCACACACACCUGUGUACCGGAUAAUCGUCGACUACCACCUGUGACAUCACAGCACGGCACACACACCUGUGUACCGGAUAAUCGUCGACUUCCAGUUGUGACAUCACAGCACGGCACACACACCUGUGUACCGGAUAAUCGUCGACUACCAGUUGUGACAUCACGGCACGGCACACACACCUGUGUACCGGAUAAUCGCCGACUACCAGUUGUGACAUCACAGCACGGCACACACACCUGUGUACCGGAUAAUCAUCGACUACCACCUGUGACAUCACGGCACGGCACACACACCUGUGUACCGGAUAAUCGUCGACUUCCAGUUGUGACAUCAUGGCACGGCACACACACCUGUGUACCGGAUAAUCGUUUACUUCCAGUUGUGACAUCACGGCGCGGCACACACACCUGUGUACCGGAUAAUCGUCGACUUCCAGUUGUGACAUCACAGCACGGCACACACACCUGUGUACCGGAUAAUCGUCGACAACCACCUGUGACAUCACGGCACGGCACACACACCUGUGUACCGGAUAAUCGUCGACUACCACCUGUGACAUCACAGCACGGCACACACACCUGUGUACCGGAUAAUCGUCGACUUCCAGUUGUGACAUCACAGCACGGCACACACACCUGUGUACCGGAUAAUCGUCGACUACCAGUUGUGACAUCACGGCACGGCACACACACCUGUGUACCGGAUAAUCGCCGACUACCAGUUGUGACAUCACAGCACGGCACACACACCUGUGUACCGGAUAAUCAUCGACUACCACCUGUGACAUCACGGCACGGCACACACACCUGUGUACCGGAUAAUCGUCGACUUCCAGUUGUGACAUCAUGGCACGGCACACACACCUGUGUACCGGAUAAUCGUUUACUUCCAGUUGUGACAUCACGGCGCGGCACACACACCUGUGUACCGGAUAAUCGUCGACUUCCAGUUGUGACAUCACGACACGGCACACACACCUGUGUACCGGAUAAUCGUCGACUACCAGUUGUGACAUCACGGCACGGCACAUACACCUAUGUACCGGAUAAUCGUCGACUUCCAGUUGUGACAUCAUGGCACGGCACACACACCUGUGUACCGGAUAAUCGUUUACUUCCAGUUGUGACAUCACGGCGCGGCACACACACCUGUGUACCGGAUAAUCGUCGACUUCCAGUUGUGACAUCACGACACGGCACACACACCUGUGUACCGGAUAAUCGUCGACUACCAGUUGUGACAUCACGGCACGGCACAUACACCUGUGUACCGGAUAAUCGUCGACUACCAGUUGUGACAUCACGGCACGGCACACACACCUGUGUACCGGAUAAUCGUCGACUACCAGUUGUGACAUCACGGCACGGCACAUACACCUGUGUACCGGAUAAUCGUCGACUACCAGUUGUGACAUCACAGCACGGACACCUGUGUACCGGAUAA